GUAGACAUUCAUUUUCAUUCUCGACAUAUUCAACACCAUGGCCACGCUCAUCAGACCUCCACCCGCCGACCCUUCGCAAUCUGAUAUGGAGAGCGUUUUGGAACUGACAUCACUUUCCGACAUCGACCCAAACCUCUUCACCAACACGCGCCCACUAUGGCAUCCACCGGGUGCGCGUGGAAUCUUUGGGGGCGCCGCUAUUGCGCAGACGCUGAGUGCGGCGCAAAAGACGGUCGAUCCAGACUUUACCGUACACUCGAUGCACUGCUACUUUGUGCUUGCCGGAAAUGCAGAGAUUCCCAUCAUAUACCACAUAGAGAGGGUGAGGUCAGGAAAGUCUUUUGUGAAACAGAACAGUGGAGGAGCGAAAAAGGUCGAGCAUGCUUACCCAAUGCCCGACGUGCCGGGACCUAUUGAGGAUCUUGACGACCAAGAAGCCCACACCGAUCUUACUCCUUUCCAAAGCCAGAGGUUGCCAAUUGAAAAUGACGACUCGGAUAAGCCCCACACCAAAAAAUGCCGCCAAUGGAUGCGUGCACGCGGUCGCAUCUCCCCCGCCGGUGGCCACGAAGCCCACCUCAGUGCAAUCGCCUACAUGAGUGAUAGCUACUUCAUCGGCACCGUCGCACGCACCCACAAGCUAUGGCGCUACUCGACCGAACGCAAGAACAGGGCAAAGUCGAGCAUCGACGAGGACGUUCUCAAGAAGCUGUUAGAGAUGGAUGACGCCGAGCUGAAGCGCCAGAAAUUUGACGCUGCCGACAUGGAACGCAUACGACGUUUGAAGAAUGGCGAGGACAUUGCCGAUGUUGCUCCUAACCCGAUGCCAGAGAUCGGCAUGAUGGUUAGCCUGGAUCAUACAAUCUACUUCCAUAACCCUCGUAGCUUCCGAGCAGAUGAGUGGAUCUUCACCGAAAUGGAGACGCCUUGGGCAGGUGAUGGUCGUGGCCUUGUAUUUCAAAGGAUGUACACGCAGGAUGGGACACUCAUAGCAAGCUGCGUCCAAGAGGGACUUGUACGGCUGAAGCAGAAUGACAGUAAGCUAUAGACUAGCAUGUUGCGGGGCAACAUGUACCCGUGUGCUUCCAUUGGCGCCCGUGCCGUCUUCGCUUCAUCUGGCCAGAAUAGACUUUAUCUCUUUUAGUACAAUUUUUGUUGUCAUGUUGAAUACCUCGGGUGGUACGAGAUGAGAUGAGAUUCAUGCCCUGUAGACUGUAGAUAAUAAACGUGUCUGUUAUAG